AGCGAUCCUCAUCAAUAAGCGUCUUGGCUCAGUCUCAGCCUCACUCCCGAUAUAAAGUCCGCUAUACGUCCCCCAAGUACCCAAUCUAGUACCGUACCCUAAUCUCUCGUCUUCAACAUGGCCAAAGGAACACACGAUGAAGAGUACAUCCAGUUCAUCCAAACCCAACACCCGGCAACAAUCGCAGCAUGUCUCCGCCGCGACCAACUCCUCUGUCAGGACAACCACCUGCCGAGUCCCCUGGCCAUGCAUCUCCCAACCAAGCCCUGUGAACUUCUCAACGCAAUCUCCAAACACCUAAUUCCAGACGCCAACAUCCCCGAGCCAAUCCGCGUCCUCCAAUGCCAGGGCAUCAUAAGCGGCAUUAAAGCAUCCGUAAGGCAAAUGAGCCGCACAAGCAACUGGGGAGCAGACGACGUCGAGAGAGGCAGUAGCAUAAUCCCCACAACAAACGACUUCAAGUCCGCCCUUCGCGUCCUCGAAUACCUCCAGAAAUACCCAUCGAUCUCGAUGCUCAACGCGAAAAGCCCGUUUCCAGCCGUGAUGACAUCUGUGAAGACGCAACUAGCACUAGAGCACGGUCUCCGCGCCGUGAACCAUCUCAACAACGCACACAAAGACCGCCGUCUCAAUUCAAACCCCAACUCCAAGUCGCAAAAGAGGAACCCUAGGUGCUACAUGUGCCAUUUGGAAACCCCCCCGGGCGAUACCCACGAUACAUACCCGUCCCUGUGUCGGCCGUGCGGGUCGUUCAAUCUCGCCUCGUCGGCGAUAUCUCUCCCCCCGAGUCUGAUGUUAUGGGGCAAGACCGCACUUGUGACUGGCGGGCGUGUCAACCUCGGCUUCUCCACCGCGCUACGGUUGCUCCGCUGCGGAGCCAGUGUUAUCGUUUCAUCGCGCUACCCGCGGGACACGGUGGUGCGAUACGAGCGGGAGUCGGAUUACGGGUCGUGGGGCCCACGGCUGAAGGUUGUCGGGGCGGACUUUCGGACUGCGAGGGAUGCGUUUCGGCUUGUUGAGGUUGUGAAGCGCUUGCUUGAUGAUUGGGAUGGGGAGGGGAGGGGGGCUUCUUCUACGACGCUGGAUAUUCUGAUUAACAAUGCUGCGCAGACGUUGACGGACCCUGUGCGCUCUGAGACGAGGGCGAUUAUGCGUGAGGAGCAGCUCGGAGAGAAGGUUGGUGUCCAUAGGUGCAUUGCGGAUCACGAGGAUCGGUAUGUGCCGAAGCUGAGGGGCGGGGUUCAGAGUGUCUGGGGUGGUAUUGAGGAUCGAGUACGGUUGCAGAUCGCAGGUGGUGGUUUGACAGAUAAUGGGUCGGAACAGACACAGAUCCAGAAGGGGCUGGGGCCUGAUGCUGAUGGAGAGGUCAGUAGCAAAUCCUCGUGGACUCAAAGUCUCGACCAGAUCCCAUAUGAGGACGUGAUCAGCGCACAGGCCGUCAAUGCUUUUGUGCCCCUUAUUCUAUGUCGGGAGUUGUUGCCUCGCAUGGGGGCGGUAGGUCCCUCGUCCCGGCCGUUGGGGUACAUUAUCAAUGUGUCAUCCCGAGAAGGGAUCCUAGAGAGCAAGACCAAGUCUCCUAGUAAAGCGGGCCACCAUGUACACACCAACAUGUCCAAGGCGGCGCUGAACAUGAUCACGGAGACGGAGAGUGAGUCCGCAUGGAAACGGCGUGUUGCCAUGAAUACGGUAGACCCGGGAUAUAUGAGUGCGGCACCGGAGUGUCAGCAGGCUGAAGGCUGUCCCAUUGGCUUUGAAGACGGUGCUGCAAGGGUUCUGUGGCCGAUUGCCGUCGGUGAGAGGGACCAUCGGGUGAUCCGGGGAAGGUUUUUGAAGCACUUCGGACAGCAUGACGCUAUUAUCUCGCGAGGAUGAUAAUAUCCUUCCUAGGAGCAUGAAACUAUGCAUUCUAUUAUUAUAUAUUGUACCAAACAAGUUCUAUCCCCUCUAUAUCGUCAAAAGGGGUAAAUAGCCAUCUUCAAGUCCGCUUCAUACCCUACCCAGCCUCUGCUCCCUCACCCAGAAGUACC